AUGGCAGGGACUCGCUCAUCGGCACAGGAUACCGGUAGCAGGUCGAGUCCGGCGAGUGAUGAAGCCGUGGCAGGAACGAAAAGGAAGGCGGAGGCAGAGCCUUCCCCAGAUCGUAGCCAUAAGGCGACAAAGAAGCAGACUACGAUUGAGGAGACUAUGGGAGUAAAGAUGGAUGAGGAUAGUGAAAUGAAAGAUGCGGCGACCACCGAGAAGGCGGACCCGAACGAGACGGUUCAGUCUGAAGAGAUGUCAGACGGUGAGCAUGCUCAACCUAAGGAGAGUGACAUGAACGCAGAAAUUACCAAAGAAGACUCGAAUGGGCAUGAGACCAAUGGCGAUGCGAAGGGACAGGCAAUCAUCGAAGCUACGAAAGACAAGACCAAUGAUGUGAAGGCUUCCGCGGCCAACGGAGAGGGUGCGUUCGAGGAGUCAUCGCAACGCGAGAAGGAGGUUCCAUCAAGCAUCUUAGAGAAAGGCGUCAUCUACUUCUUCACCCGUAAUCGCGUAGGCAUUGAAGAUGCCGACAGCGUCAGCGAUCUUCAGCGAAGCUUCUUCGUGUUGCGACCCAUGCCAACUGGAGCAAAACUGGGCGACGGUGCACUUGCAGACCAUAAGAAUAACCGACUUUUCGCACUACCGAAGAAGGCAUUCCCUAAAUCACACAAUGAUCGAUUCAUGGCCUUCGUCGAAAAGGCGAACACGACUGUUCGGGACCUGAAGGACAGCUUCUUCGCGGCUAAUGAGUAUGAGACCAAGACAAAAGGCACCCGCCGGACCGAACCUAUUACGCCGAUCGCUGAAGGUGUAUAUGCGAUUACUCGCACCGAGGACGCGACCACUCAUCUAGUAUAUUCUACCACUAUCCCCACUGAGCUUGGUGAAGUGCAGGAGGAUCUUGGGAUCAAGCCUCAGGGUAGUUUCAUUAUAAGCGUCAAGAACCCAGAGCGCUCAGGACCAGCAGCUGUCCAGCUUCCGCAAAAGCCCGACUUUCCUAAGAGGAUUAUUGAAGAAUUUCGCAACCUCGCUUGGAGCGCAGUCAAGCCAGAAUAUCUCGAUUAUGCAUACUGCCAGAUCUUGCUCAUCGGUGAAAAGAUCGACGAGGCUGUCAAGCCGACCAAGAAGGACCAGCAGCACGACAAGGAGACACCGCAGGAGGAGAUCGAGAAGCUCGAGCACGAGGAUGAACUUCGCGUUCAGCAUCUCAAUGGUGAUGACUCCGUCUUUGAUGAUCUUAAAAUUAGCAAACACGAAUUUCCCACGGUUCCUUCAACCUGGUAG